CCUGCUUCUAUCCCCAAACACUGGCAGCAGCAGCAGCAGCAGCAGCGCCAUUUCUCAAUCAUCGUCAGUCAGUCGUCUACCACCACCAUGUCUGCUGGCUCUGCUGAUCCUGCUGCCGCUGCCGCACUGGAGGAUCCGCCACCUGCUGCUGCUGCUGCUGCUGCUGCUGCUCGUUGGGCGGCAUCCUGCGAUCGGCGGACAGCAGGGCCGACUGAGACUCCACCACCUACACGACAAUUAAUUAGGGCAGGGCAAUGCAGUAACUUGUGGAGAGGCCAAUUUGUGUGUGCCCCGACCGACACACCUACCUACCUGCAGUGUCCAGAGUGCGUCUGAGUUGGGGUCGUAGUGCGGGUUGGUGCUCAGACGCCGCACAAGGAAGUUAAUGUAGAUGUUGUGCCCCUCCACCUCGGGCAGCAACUCGCACACCACGGACACCAACGUCCCAACCUUACACACCACACGUAGCCAGCAAAGACACACGACCGACCAUCUCAUCUAUCCAUUGCACUCAUUGCGUGUGACGUGACCGUCCCUAGCCACCCAGCCCACACGGCCACCUGCAGUCGUUUGCACGCCUCCUCCACCGGCACGUUGCUGCCGCUCGACUGUGCAGACUCGGAUGCCCGCGGGCUGCGGUAGAGAAACGGCGGCGAGGCGGCAUGGUCGCGGUGCUUCCCACCCCCUCUGGCGCUGCGGUGGUGUUCGAUAAGGAUGGUCAGCUCAUCCAGAUAGGCCGUCGGGUCUAAGGCCAGCAGCCGCGUGCCGUCAUCCACCUCAAUCACGCCAGCUGGCAAGUCCACCCUGCAGACAGCCAGCCAGCCAGCCAGCCAGACAGACAGACAGACAGACAGACAACACACGAAGAAGGCAGGCAAACGCUCCACUCCUCAUUUCUCCCCCCUCUCCCCUCCUUUGUGUCUGUGUGUGUGCGUACACGACAAUGUAUCCCUGCAGCCACACGAGCUUGAUCUCUCUGCCGCGGAAAGUGAACCGGUGACCACAGCCCUGCUUGACCACUUGAAUUUCGUCGGCCUGCCGAAUCACACACACAUACACAUACAGAAGUCAGUCAUAUAGAAGUCAGUCAUCUGUGGCGCAUUCAAUGGAUGGAUGGUGUGUGCAGUGUGCACGAUCUGGUUGCCUGCCUGUGCGGCGAAGAGGCAGACGAUGCUGAGGCCAUCAGCCGCUUCAUCGAAGCAAGGUCUGCUCAGCGCAGAGGGAGGCGGGAGCUCUUCCCAAAGCCCAUUCAUCGUCAUCAUCUGGUAUCAUCUGCCCCAGCACGCGAGAAGAGAUGAUGAAUCAGAAAGUUGGCAGAAAGCCCAGAUCCACGACAAAGGAGCUUUCGGUGCGAAAGCUGC